UGGGAUCAUGACCUGAGCCAAAGACAGAGGCUUAACCCACUGAGCCACCCAGGUGCCCUCACACAUUAGUGUUUUAAAGCUGGUAUGAGUGGCCUAUUUAUCAGAUGAGGAAACAGAGACAUGCUCAGAUGGACAGAGGUUUAAGGUACAUGCUCAAGUUGUCCCUGUGGAAAGGGCCUGGCAGAGUAACUGUCUCUUGGGAGCAGCCCCACCCCAGGCAGGGACUGAAGAGAGCAGGGGAGAAGCUGUGCAGAGGGAGUGGUCCCCCUCCCCCCGGGUCCUCUCCUCCAUCCCUCCCUCAUCCCUCAGUCACUGACACUGUCACUGUUUCUCUCAGGUCAAGAUUUUCUCCCUAUCCAUGUUUACUGGGUCCCGGCUAUUUCAGCUGGAACAGUUAGCAGUUACUUCCUCCAGGAAGCCUUCCUGGAAUGCUCAGGUCAAGUCGAACCCAGCGCUGAUGGUUCCUCUGGCUUGGCUCCUGCCAACCCUGAGUUGAAACUGUCCUCAUUUUUAGCUCCCUCACUAGACUGGCAACGCAGUGGGCCACAAAAUGUUUGUCCAUCUGUCUCCCUGUUUUUUUCCAGGCUUUGCAUCUGUCUCUGAGUAUCUGGUCUGUGACAUUUUCGGUAUCUCUGUCUCUGUCUCCAUCCCUGGGUCCCUGAAUGUCUCGGCAUCUGUGGUUUUCUGGGUUUGACUGUUUUGGGGUCUCCCGUGCUGAGAUGCUGCCUAAAGACUCUCUGUAUCUCUGGGUCUCUAUCUCUGUCUCUGUCUCCUGGGUCUCCUUGCCCUGCCAGGCUGGGCAUUGCUCCUCUGGCCAGAGGGGGCCUCUGGGGGGGGUGGUCCCUGCUGCCCCGCCUGCCCACAGUGAGGCCAGGCAAGGGUAGGCCCCCGCCCAGCCCGCUGCCUGUUCCCUCCCUCCCUCCCGCUUGCCUCACCACAGGGUUUGAUGAAUCAAACUCUUUGUCUGGGUGGGAUCUCCCCCAGCCAGCUGGGCAGAGAGAGGGCUUCCCCAGCCGCGGGGAGCAGGAGCAGAACAAGAUCAGCAGCGGCCCUCGGCUGGAGAGGCCUGUCCCGAAGCUCCGGCAGACUCCUUGGGGAUGACUUCCUGCCCAGAGAGGACCCAGUCAGCCUGGCUCGAUCUGGGGCUGAGAGCCCGGGCCCAGGUGGGUGGCAGAGCAAAGGAGGAAUGGACUGUGGGCCACCUGCCACCCUCCAGUCCCACCUGGCUGGGCCACGUGGCACUGACCGCCGCCCAGUAGCUGUGUGCCAGCAGGAGAGUCUGUCCUUUGCAGAGCUGCCCACCCUGCAGCCCCCGAGCCCUGUGUGUCUGGAUCUCUUCCCUGUUGCCCCAGAGGAGCUUCGGGCUCCCGGCAGCCGCUGGUCCCUGGGGACCCCUGCUCCUCUCCAAGGGCUGCCAUGGCCACCAUCCCCAGAAGUCCCAGACACCGAGAUCUCCACCAGUGGGGGGCUGCGGCCCAGCAGAGCUGGCAGCUGGCCACACUGUCCUAGUGCCCAGCCCCAAGCUCUGGAGGGACCCUGGAGUCCCCAGCACCCACAGCCACAGCGCCGGGCCAGUCACGGCUCGGAGAAGAAAUCUGCUUGGCGCAAGAUGCGGGUCUAUCAGCGUGAAGAGCUCCCUGGCAGCCCCGGAGCCCAUGCUGUCUUCCUCGAGCCUGGCCAGGCAGCAGAGCAGACCCUGAGCACAGAGGAGCCUAGGCCACCGGAGCUGUCCGUACCCUCCAGGGUAGGCCUGGAGGGGCCUGAGCGCAGGCGCUUCUCAGCCUCCGAGUUGAUGACCCGCCUGCACUCUUCCCUGCGCCUGGGGCGGAAUUCAGCAGCCAGGGUGCUGACCCCAGGGUCAGGCACUGGUGCAGCUCGGGAAGGAAGAUCAUCUGGAAGGGAGUCGCGCAGUGUAGAGAUGAAGGUGGACGGUUUGGUGAUGCCAGCCCCUGUUGACCCGAGCGGGUGCCAUAGCGGCUGGCCCGAGCCCAGGCUGGACACGCCGGAAGAGCUGGCUCUGGGGUCCAGAAGCUCCAGCGAGCGGCGCCAGUCACGGUUUCUCCUUAACACGGUCCUCUACCAGGAAUACAGCGACGUGGCCAGCGCCCGCGAACUGCGGCGGCAGCAGCGCGAGGAGGAGGGCCCGGGGGACGAGGCGGAGGGCGCGGAGGAGGGGCCCGGGCCGCCGCGCGCCAACCUCUCCCCGAGCAGCUCCUUCCGGGCGCAGCGCUCGGCGCGAGGCUCCACCUUCUCGCUGUGGCAGGACAUCCCCGACGUGCGCGGCAGCGGCGUCCUGGCCACGCUGAGCCUGCGCGACUGCAAACUGCAGGAGGCCAAAUUUGAGCUGAUCACGUCCGAGGCGUCCUACAUCCACAGCUUGUCGGUGGCCGUGGGCCACUUCUUAGGAUCUGCUGAACUGAGCGAAUGUCUGGGGGUGCAGGACAAGCAGUGGCUGUUCUCCAAACUGCCCGAAGUCAAGAGCACGAGCGAGAGGUUUCUGCAGGACCUGGAGCAGCGGCUGGAGGCAGAUGUCCUGCGUUUCAGUGUGUGUGACAUUGUGCUGCACCACUGUCCAGCCUUCCGCCGAGUGUACCUGCCCUAUGUCACCAACCAGGCUUACCAGGAGCGCACCUACCAGCGCUUGCUCCUGGAGAACCCCAAGUUCCCUGGCAUCCUGGCUCGCCUGGAGGAGUCUCCCGUAUGCCAACGUCUGCCCCUCACCUCCUUCCUUAUCUUGCCAUUUCAGAGGAUCACCCGCCUCAAGAUGCUGGUUGAGAACAUCCUGAAACGGACAGCACAGGGCUCGGAAGACGAAGACAUGGCCACCAGAGCCUUCAAUGCACUCAAGGAGCUGGUACAAGCGUGCAAUGCCAGCGUGCAGUCCAUGAAGAGGACAGAGGAGCUCAUCCAUCUGAGCAAGAAGAUCCACUUUGAGGGCAAGAUCUUCCCACUGAUCUCGCAAGCCCGCUGGCUGGUUCGGCAUGGGGAGCUAGUGGAGCUGGCACCACUGCCCGCAGCGCCGCCUGCCAAGUUGAAGCUGUCCAGCAAGGCAGUCUACCUGCACCUUUUCAAUGACUGCUUGCUGCUCUCCCGGCGGAAGGAGCUAGGGAAGUUCGCCGUGUUCGUCCACGCCAGGAUGGCCGAGCUCCAGGUGAAGGACCUGAGCCUAAAGCUGCAAGGCGUCCCCGGCCACGUGUUCCUCCUCCAGCUCCUCCAUGGGCCCCACGCGAAGCACCAGUUCCUGCUGAGGGCCCGGACAGAAAGUGAGAAGCAGCGAUGGAUCUCAGCCCUGUGUCCCUCCAGCUCCCAGGAGGAUAAAGAGUUCUUCAGCGAGGGCCAAGACCGCCCCCAGGUUCAGUGCGUCAGGACGUACAAGGCUUUGCAGCCAGACGAGCUGACUCUGGAGAAGACGGACAUCCUGGCCGUGAGGACCCAAACCAGUGACGGCUGGCUGGAGGGGGUCCGCCUGGCAGAUGGUGAGAAGGGGUGGGUGCCCCAGGCCUAUGUGGAAGAGAUCAGCAGCCUCAGUGCCCGCCUUCGAAACCUCCGAGAGAAUAAACGGAUCACAAGUGCGCCCAGCAAACUGGGGGAGCCCCCCGCCUGAGGCGGGGGAUGCCAGCUCCGUGCCCAGUUCCUGGACAGGUCUGCAGGGACCUCUGGUGUCGCAUGCCCCAGGCCGCUGCUGGUGUUCCAUUGCCUGGCGUCCGGAGUACAGCCCGUCCUCACGCUCCUCCCCGUCCACUUCAGGGCCGACACCAGUUUCUUCCUCUGGCAUAGGGACUGCACAGGUGACCUGUGGUAUCUGGCAAGGACUGGGGCUCACUCCAUGCUGCCUGACUCUUGGUCCCUCUGGCAGGGACCCGGCUGGGGACAGCUCUGGUGCUGACGGGUGCUGGGACGUAUAUAUAGAGAGAUGUAUAUAUAUCUGGGGUCUUCUGGCCAGAGCCUGCAUGGGCCCUGGCGGCUGUGACUUUUCUGUAAAUAAACUCCCAUGAUGCCUUGGC